UUUGUUGAGAGAGGAAGUGUGUGUUGUAAAGAUAGCUCGCUCUCUCUCUCUCUCUCUCUCACUCGCUCACUGGCUCAUACGCGCGCACGCUCACUCACUAUGUUAAGGACACCGCUCUUCCUGUGGGUCGUGGGUGUGGGUUUGUGCGUGUGCGUGGGCGUGGGCGUGGGCGUGCGGGCGGUGGUGGGCGGGGCCAUAGGUUACAAGCAAUACAAAUGGGCGGGGCAAGGUGAGGCUUUCUACAUCCCACGGUCCGUCCCACGCCCACGGGUCAUCCCACGCUGGAACCCACUUUUUGACCCCACCUAUACUGCUCUAUGGGUUCCCACCACGCCCACGGCCGCCCAUGCUCCAGUACCCCAUCACGCCCAUGUCUCAAACCCCUCCUAUGGCUUCGGUCCGCCCAAGGGGAAUGAUUUAGCGCCCACACCCAUCAGACAGCAACCCACGGCCACUGUCAAGCCAGCCCAUGCUUCACCUCCCGCCCACACGCCCAUCAAAGCUCUAGGGAAUGGUUUGGAAGGUGUCUCCUCCUAUUCUCAUCUCUAACCCAUGUUCCUAAACCAUGUUCCUAACCCAUGCUCAUAACCCAUGCUCCUAACUUCAUCUAACCCACGAUAUCCACUGUUCUCACCUUACCUAACUUAUUCCUAACCUAAUUUUACCACACCCACGGCUUACCCACACUCCUAAUCUGACCCAUGAUCCUAACCCACGGUCCUAACCCAUGCCAACGCACAAUCGACAUUCCUAACUUAACCAAACCUAAUUUAACCUAUUCCCAACCUAACCACACCAACCCACAGCCAACCCACGGCUAACCCAUGCCUAACCCACGGUCCUAACUCAUAAAAAUGCCCAACCCACACUCCUAACCUAACCUAACUUGAUCUGUUUCUAACCUAACCACACCAACCCACGGCUAACCCACGUCUAACCCAUGCCAACCCACGCCCAACCUUUGCCCGACCCACAUUCCUAACCUAACUUAACUUAACCAAUUCCUAACGUAAUCCAUGCCCACCCACAGUUAACCCAUGCCCCUAACCUGACCCACACUAACCCACACUAACCCAUUACCUGCCCGACAGAUCCUGGUGGUGGUGGUGGUGUGGUGGGGAGAAAGCGCCCCACACUCCCCCCUCCAGCCCCGCUCCUACCCAUGGCGGGGGCCGGGGGGGGUACCAGACUCAAUACCAUGGGUUCCUCGGCCCCCUAUCCUCCCACGGUGGCUGCCUGGAGGUCCCCCCAUGUAUACCUCAAAGUGGGUUCCCUCACCCCCAUCUGACCCACGCCGAGACCCAUUAAACCCAUUAAAAGACCCAUUAAGUCCAGAGAACACAAUAUUCAACCCAUUACACCGGCAAGAUCCACCGGAACCCCCAUUAGACCCAUUACUUUAUCAACCCACACUACCUAACCCACAAAACCCAUUAAAAGACCCAUUAGACCCAUUACUUUAUCAACCCACACUACCUAACCCACAAAGCCCAUUAAAAGACCCUUUAGACCCAUUAUUUCAAUCACCCACUCCACCAGACCCAUUAAAAGACCCAUUAAACUCACAAGAACCCCCAUUAGACCCAUUAUUUCACCAACCCACGCUACCUAGCCCACAAAACCCAUUAAGAAACCCAUUAGACCCAUUAUUUCACUCACUCAUUCCACUAGACCCAGUAAAAAACCCAUUAAACCCAGAAUACCACCAACCCACGCUUUCAAACCCAUUAUUUCACCAACCCACACUACCUAACCCACAAAACCCAUUAAGAGACCCAUUAGACCCAUUAUUUCACUCACCCUCUUCGCUAGACCCAUUAAAAUACCCAUUGAACCCAGAAUACCACCAACCCACGCUUUUAAACCCAUUAUUUCACUCACCCACUCCUCUUAACCCAUUAAAAGACCCAUUAAAAGACCCAUUAAACUCAGAAUACCACCAACCCACGACAUUAAACCCAUUACUUCACCCAAACCCACAAGAAACGCCAGAAAGACUGCAAAACCCACUAGUUUAUGCACCGAACCCAUUACCAGGGCAUUUGAACCCAUAUAAACCCCAUUUUAACCCAUUAACUCGUCCCCCCACCCUUCCUGCCCACCCCACGCCCAGCCAAUCACAUGCUUCCUUCGUCGUUCAGUCUAAAAUGACCUUUGAAACUCAGGAACCAAUUACAGAAGCGAAUUAUGUCCUUUUAAUUGGUGGUGGUGGUGGUGGUGGUGGUGGUGGUGUGGAGGAGGAAGAGGAAGAGGGAGGAGGAGGAGGAG